UUUUUGCGGUGCUACUAUACUUCGUAGACACAGACUUGUCACCCUCUCUCUCCUCUCCUUAUUUAAUUCUUCUUCAAGGGCGUUUCGUUGAAAGCAAGAAGGAGCCAAGAUGCCGAGGCCGGUUACUGUCCGUGUAACCACUAUGGAUGCUGAACUGGAGUUUGCUAUCCAGCAGAGCACUACAGGAAAGCAACUCUUUGACCAGGUCGUAAAGACAAUUGGUCUUCGUGAAGUAUGGUGGUUCGGUCUACAGUACGAAGAUGACAAAGGCUACAUCACUUGGCUCAAGCUAAACAAGAAGGUUCUUGCUCAGGAUCUACCCAAAGAGACUCCUCUGAAAUUCAAAUUCCGCGUCAAGUUCUAUCCCGAGGACGUCCAAGAGGAGCUGAUACAGGAUGUCACCCAACGCUUGUUCUACCUUCAAGUGAAAGACUCCAUCCUCACUGAUGAGAUAUACUGUCCUGCCGAGACACUUGUCCUUUUAGCAUCUUACGCCGUACAAGCCAAGUACGGGGAUUUCAACCCAGAUGAGCACAAGCCUGGUUUCCUAACUAAAGACAGGCUACUACCUAAAAGAGUUUAUGAUACACACAAGCUGACCAAAGAGCAGUGGGAGGAAAGAAUAACAACAUGGCACAAGGAACACAAGACCAUGAUGAGGGAGGAUGCCAUGUUAGAGUAUCUGAAGAUUGCACAGGACCUUGAGAUGUAUGGCGUCAACUAUUUUGAAAUCAAGAACAAGAAGGGGACUGAUCUUUAUCUUGGUGUCGAUGCCUUGGGCCUCAACGUCUACGAGAAAGAGGACCGCCUCACUCCAAAGAUUGGGUUCCCAUGGAGCGAGAUCCGUAACAUCUCCUUUAAUGACAAGAAGUUUGUCAUCAAGCCCAUUGACAAGAAAGCUCCCGAUUUUGUUUUCAAUGCCCCUCGUCUACGCAUCAACAAGCGUAUCUUGGCUCUCUGCAUGGGAAACCAUGAGUUGUACCUCCGCCGAAGAAAGCCAGACACCAUUGAGGUCCAGCAGAUGAAAGCACAAGCCAGGGAAGAGAAGAUCUCCAAGCAAUCAGAGAGGGUUCGCUUCCAAAAGGAGCGUCAAGCUCGCGAGGAGGCUGAGCGUAAGACAAAGGACUUACAGGAAAAACUUCAGAAAGUAAUUGAGGAGGAACAGAGAGUUAGACUCGAGAUUGAAAAGAAGGAACAGGAACAAAGAGAUACUGCUGAAAGGCUAAGAAGGGAGCAGGCAGAGAAGGAAGAAUUGGAGAGGAAACAUGAAGAAGCUAGAAGGGCUGCAGAGGAAAAGGCACAAGAUGCUGCUGAAAAGAAGAAGCUUGAGGAAAUAGCGAAAGAGAAAGAAGCAGCAAUAGCCAAAGCGAAUGCUGAAAUGGAAAAAAUGAGAAAAAAGAUGCAAGAGCUUGAGUUGGAGCAGAGUAGGCUGAAGAAGGCUAACGAGACUCCAGCCAUAGCACUAGUGACGGAAGAUGAUCACAACGAGGAUGAUGACAAAAAGACUGAGGGGACUACUGAUUUUUCAAUGGAGGGAGCCAGUAACGUCGGCUCUGAAAUGAGCCGUGUCCAUAUUGCAGAGAAGAACAAGCAAAUGGCUCAGAUGCUUAAGACUCUAACUACAGAGCUGGCUGAAUCAAGAGACGAUACCAAAGCAACAAAACUGGACCAGCUCCACGCCGAGAACGUCAAGCAAGGACGCGACAAGUAUAAAACCCUCCGCCAGAUUCGUCAGGGCAACACUAAGACUCGUGUUGAAGAAUUUGAGCACAUGUAAAUGGAGGGAAGGAAUGCACGUACUUUUUACUGUUACAGCUAGGGAACAUUAUUUUUGAUAACUUACCCCAUUGAUAUGUAAUUAAAUUGUAGCUAUUUUUGUAAUAAUACUUUGAGCUUUUAAUGUUUAUUUUUUGCUUACGAUAUUAUUAUUAUUAUUAUCCUUGUUGUUUUAGCUAACUCUUUUUUCUAUUUUCUCAAAUGUUGGUAAUUUUAUUUUUGUGCAAGAUAACUUAAAAGGUUACUUCAUUAAAUGCAAACUAGUCUCCA